AUGCCUCCAAACAAGCGCAAGCACCGAAAGGAGAACCCAAACACCAUCGAGCCUUCACAAAAACGAGUCAAGACCGGUACCUCCGCUGCGGAUGUCGAUGUCGAGCCCGCCCCUAAGCCUGUGAAGUUCGAGGGCGGGAAGAAGAAGGGCAAGCCUGCUCCCGCCAAACCACUCUCGAAGAAGCAACUUCUGUCCGACAAAUCGCCCUUCCCAGAAGAACAAGACCGUAACAUCGAAGCCCCUCUCUACGAGUUGCUGGGCAGCGAGGACCCCGAUGAGCGCCUACAGGCUGCCGAUGUUAUCAUAUCCAAGCUUCUGGACAACGAUGGUGUCUCAGAGUCGUCCCUCGACAGACAUCUUGAAAAGAGACUGUUCCGAGGACUCGCGAGCAGUAGGAAAGCGUCAAGACUGGGUUUCAGCGUUGUGCUGACCGAGAUUCUACAACAACUAUGGGGGGAGAAAGAUCUCUGUGGCGACAAGUACCGGGGCCUUACAUUCGACUUCGUCCUGAACACGCUUACGGAGAAGACAAAACCGGUUGGCAACAUCGCCGGUCAGGAAGAGAAGGACCACUACUUUGGCCAGCUAUUUGGCAUUGAGUGCUUUGUGCGGGCCAAAAUCCUCUUCGACGAUGUCACGAGAUGGAACACGAUCUUGGCCCUUCUGAUCAAGCUGGCGAAGAAGAAGGUCUGGCUCAAGCCUCAAUGCGCCUGGAUCAUCCUCCAGACAGUGCCCCAGAUGGACCAGCAGAUCGCAGAAGAGACUCUACGUAAGCUCGACGAGGCUGGAUGGGCGAAGACACCCGACGCAGUUGCCAUCACUGUUAUACUCACGGAGAAGUUCCCAAAGAUCAAGCUGCCUUCGAAAUCAUGGCGUGACUUCUUGUCCUCCAAAUACCUAGGUGAAUUGCCGGCUGUUCUGAAAGACAGCGGCAAGCAGGAGAGCAAACAAGAAAGCAAUGGCGAGGAGCCGGCCCAGAAGCAAAAACAGGCAAGCUGGACUGCGCAGUUGCAUUUCGUCUGGGACAUAAUACUUGCACACUACGUCAAACUGGCGUCUACCGACUCCAAGAGCGCAUCUGAUCAGUUCAAGCAGUUCUGGAGUCGCGUCGUGGAUCAGGGCUUCUUUUCAAAGACCGCCUCGGAGCCCCAAAAGUUCACCGGGUUUAUGAUCUUCCAGAAAUUCCUCGAAGGUGGCAUCUCUCACUCACACAUCACACACAACCUGUUCUCCCAGAACUUAUUGACCUGUCUGAUGAACCAGGCGGCGAAGCAGGACAGAUACCUCCAUCGGGCAGCCACCAAGGCCCUCAAGGCAAUAGAGCACGCUGCGGACACGGAUCGUGACCUGGUUCCAGUCGUUCUGCAGUUCCUUCUUGGAAAGCAAGGCGCAUAUAAUUUUGAUCAACGGUCAAACAGCAAGACCGUUGACAAAUUACUGCACCUUACAAAACCCCAACAUGCCCAACAGGUGAUCAAAACUGUAAAGCAGCUAGUGCUCACGUCCGAAGGUGACAGUGCUGAAAACCACAUUAUGGUCUACGCAGACUACCUGUUUAGACUGUCCAGUAUCGUCCCGACAGAGGCUGAUACGAAGAAUGCCAGCAAGGGCUCGGUGGGCGGACCGGCCCUGCAGGAGUUCGCGAAGCUUGCAUAUCCUAAGGCUGGCGAGAUUGUUCCAGGACUGAGCGAGAAGACCAAGCCAAUUCUGCGUCAGAAGCUCACUGCUGCCCUCGCCAAAUUCGUCAAGCGGCCAGAAGACUUCGCCGAGUUCUGCAACGCAAUCAUGCUGAUUGACUCGAGCAGCGUCGAGAUGGACGAGGAGCUCCAGACGGAGCUGCUUGAGGCGCUGGAGAAGCUGCAGCAGUUGACGAAUCCGAAGCAGGCGAAGGGCCACAGGAGCAACGCUUACCAGGGCCUGGCGCUCCUCUACGCCGUUGCGAUCCUGCAGCUGUACAACGCGGAGCCCGACGCUCUUGACAUUCUGCACGACCUGAGGCAAUGUCAUGAGAAGCUGCUUAGCAAGCAGAAGGGCGAGGAUGGCGAUGUUUCAGCGCUGCUCGUAGAGAUCCUGCUAGCCAUGGUCGCCCGGCCCUCAUCUCUGAUGCGUCAGACUGCAGACCGCGUCUUUGAGGCGUUCACAAGCCUCAUGACCGAAGAGGCACUCACUCUGCUGACGGACACUUUGGCAGCAAAGGAGGACGCCGAGGGCUUGCGAGCUUUGUUUGACACGGACGCGGACAUGGAGGACGUGGAGGAAGCUGGUGGCUCUGACGAGGAGGACGAUAUGUCUGAGCUCGGCUCGGACGUUGAGUUUGUUGACGCGGAAGAGACUCAGGAUGGUGACGGAGAUUCGGAAAAUGAAGGACAAGACGGCGACGACGGAGAAUCAGAAGAAGAUGAGGACGAAGAAGAAGAGCUCAACGAGGACGAAGCCAAGCUGAAAGCACUGGAUGACGACCUCGCGAAGCUUCUCAACAGCCACCGGCUUGAUAAAGACAAAGAUGCCGCGUCAUCCGACGACGACUCAGACAUGAGCGAUUCGGAGAUGAUAGCUUUAGAUGAGAAGCUCGCUGCAGCGUUCAAGUCGCGCGUCAGGAACAGCAACAAGAAAAAGGAGAACAAGGACGCCAAGGAGACGGUCGUCAACUUCAAGCACCGCACACUGGACCUCCUGGCCAUCUUCGCUCGGAAGGAGGCCGCCAACCCGUUGGUGUACAAGCUCCUCCUGCCGCUGCUGCAGAUGAUGCGCACCACCAAGACGAAAGACCUGGGGAAGAAGGCCGGCAAUAUCAUCGCCGAGAUGGCCAAGGCGCAGCGGAAAGCUAAGGCCAGUAGCAAGGAUGAUGAGAAGGAGGAGCAAGGAGAGAAGGAAGAGCAGCAGGACAAAGACAAAGCUGACUUGGAGGAGUACCUGAUGAAGCAGUUGCAACUGCUCGAGUCGAUCCACGGUGAGAUGACCGAGGACGAGUCGCACGCGUUUGCCAAGUCGGCGUCCAAGGCGAGCCUGUUGGUUGUGGGAGACAUCCUGAGCAAGAACGUUGGCUACUUCCAGGUCAUAUGGGAUAACUAUGGCGGGCUCGCCAUGCAGUGGGCCAUGUACGGCGGGUUCCAGUUCUCGACCAUCAUCGCGGACUGGACGCAGUGGAUCCAGUCGCACCCGGCAUUGGUGGCGAAGCGGUUGGAUGGAGUGCCGGGGAAGGCAGAUGAGCCGUCCGAGGCCGAUGGCGAGGGCGAGGACGAGGAUGAGGAUGAGGGGGACGACGAGUAA